CCCUGCUUCUCACACGGGGAGCCACUCCUCCUCGGUCUGCUCCUUACAGCUGGGACAGAAAGGCGAAGGCCAGAAGCGGAAGCAUCCAGGAGGGCCGCCUUUGCCACUCCCUGCAAGGGAGGGAGGAGUUGUGUGGAGUCGUGGACUUGAUGGAAACUGUGGAGGCUCUGGGGUCCAGCCUCCCCACCAGUCAGUGAGGGAAGCCUCCGUGCAGCUCCCUGAGACCUUGCCCUCCUGUCCUCGCUUGGAACCGCCAGGGAUGAGCCGCCUCCUGAGAGCCGUUCCUUAGAGGGACCGGUCACUGCCACUGCCACUGCUUCUGUCGACCUCAUUUCUACUUUAUGGAUCUUUCCCGGAUGUGAAGCUCCCUCCUCGGGUGUUACUGCAGUCAGAUCAUCAUCCUGUAGCUUGGGGACCUUGGUUCAUUCCAGCAUUGGCCCCUGCCUGAAGAGAGCCCAGUCCCGGCCCGACCUGCUUCCUGGGGGCAAGGCUGCCAAGUCUUCCCUCCUCGUGACAGUUCGCUUAACUCAUGGUGUGUGGCACGUGGCUGGCUUAGGUGUUUGGAGAGUGAACGCACCAGGUCCCCGCUUCUCCCUUCAGCCCCUCUGACCUCGAGGACACGCCCACCUCCAUAAUGGCAGCAGAGACCCUCAAUUUUGGGCCUGAGUGGUUGAGAGCCCUUUCCAGUGGUGGCAGCGUGGCUUCCCCGCCCCCCUCCCCCGCCAUGCCCAAGUACAAGCUGGCUGACUACCGCUACGGGCGAGAGGAGAUGCUGGCGCUCUACAUCAAGGAGAACAAGGUGCCCGAUGAGCUGCAGGACAGGGAGUUUGCUGCGGUGCUACAGGAGGAGCCGCUGCAGCCGCUGGCGCUGGAGCCACUGACCGAGGAGGAGCAGAGAAACUUCUCCCUGUCAGUGAACAGUGUGGCUGUGCUGAGGCUGAUGGGGAAAGGGGCUGGCCCCCCCCUAGGUGGCACCUCCCGUGGCAGGGGCAGCACUCGGAGCCGAGGCCGGGGCCGUGGUGACAGUUGCUUUUACCAAAGAAGCAUUGAAGAAGGCGAUGGAGCCUUUGGCCGAAACCCCCGGGAGAUCCAGCGUAGCCAGAGUUGGGAUGACAGAGGCGAGAGAAGGUUUGAGAAGUCGGCCAGGAGGGAUGGAGCACGAUCCGGGUUUGAGGAGGGAGGGGCUGGCCCGAGGAAGGAACAUGCCCGCUCGGAUAGCGAGAACUGGCGUUCUCUUCGAGAGGAGCAAGAGGAAGAGGAGGAGGGCAGUUGGAGACUCGGGGCAGGACCCCGGCGAGAUGGCGACCGCUGGCGCUCAGCCAGCCCCGAUGGCGGCCCCCGCUCUGCUGGCUGGCGGGAACACGGGGACCGGCGUCGCAAGUUUGAGUUUGAUUUGCGAGGGGACCGAGGAGGGUGUGGUGAAGAGGAAGGGCGGGGUGGGGGAGGUAGCUCUCACCUGCGGAGGUGCCGAGGGCCUGAUGGCUUCGAGGAAGACAAGGAUGGGCUCCCGGAGUGGUGCCUGGAUGACGAGGACGAAGAGAUGGGCACCUUCGAUGCCUCUGGGGCCUUCCUGCCUCUCAAGAAGGGCCCUAAAGAGCCCAUUCCUGAGGAGCAGGAGCUGGACUUCCAGGGCCUAGAGGAAGAGGAGGAAGAGCCUCCCGAAGGGCUAGACGAGGGGGGGCCAGAGGCAGGAGGGAAGGAGCUGACCCCGCUACCUCCCCAGGAGGAGAAGUCCAGUUCCCCCUCCCCACUGCCCACCUUGGGCCCACUCUGGGCAGCUAAUGGGGAAGGGGAUGACGCCGCCGACAAGGACCUCCCGGCAGCUGAAGAUGAUGUGAGGGGACUGCCGCUGAGUCCUGGGGUAGGCUCACCGCCUGGCCCACCUGGAGAUCUGGAGGAUGAUGAAGGCCUGAAACACCUGCAGCAGGAGGCGGAGAAGCUGGUGGCCUCCCUGCAGGACAGCUCCCUGGAGGAGGAGCAGUUCACGGCCGCCAUGCAGGCCCAGGGCCUGCGCCACUCAGCAGCUGCCACUGCCCUCCCGCUCAGCCAUGGCGCGGCCCGGAAGUGGUUCUACAAGGACCCCCAGGGGGAGAUCCAAGGCCCCUUCACGACCCAGGAGAUGGCAGAGUGGUUCCAGGCGGGCUAUUUUUCCAUGGCGCUGCUUGUGAAGCGGGGCUGCGAUGAGGGCUUCCAGCCCCUGGGGGAGGUGAUCAAGAUGUGGGGUCGUGUGCCCUUUGCCCCAGGACCCUCGCCACCCCCACUGCUGGGCAACAUGGACCAGGAGCGGCUAAAGAAGCAGCAGGAGAUGGCCGCGGCGGCCUUGUACCAGCAGCUGCAGCACCAGCAGUUUCUGCAACUGGUCGGCAGCCGGCAGCUCCCGCAGUGCGCGCUCCGGGAGAAGGCGGCUCUGGGGGACCUGAGCCCACCGCAGCAGCAGCAGCUCGCGGCGUUCCUGCAGCAGCUCCAAGCUCUCAAACCGCCCAGAGGCGGGGACCAGAACCUGCUCCCGACCAUGAACCGGUCCUUGUCGGUGCCGGAUUCGGGCCCCCUCUGGGACAUACAUACCUCAGCCUCAUCACAGUCAGGCGGUGAGGCCAGUCUUUGGGACAUACCAAUUAACUCUUCGACUCAGGGUCCAAUUCUAGAACAACUCCAGCUGCAACACAAAUUCCAAGAGCGCAGAGAAGUCGAGCUCAGGGCGAAGCGGGAGGAGGAGGAGCGCAAGCGGCGGGAGGAGAAGCGGCGGCAGCAGCAGCAGGAGGAGCAGAAGCGGCGGCAGGAGGAGGAGGAGCUGUUUCGCCGCAAGCAGGUGCGGCAGCAGGAGCUCCUGCUAAAGCUGCUCCAGCAGCAGCAGGCGGUGGCCGCUGUCCCGGUGCCGCCGGCGCCCAGCUCUCCGCCCCCGCUGUGGGCCGGUCUGGCCAAGCAGGGGCUGUCCAUGAAGACGCUGCUCGAGCUGCAGUUGGAGGGCGAGCGGCAGCUGCACAAGCAGCCCGCGCCCCGGGAGCCGUCGCGGGCCCAGGCCCCCAACCACCGCGUGCAGCUUGGGGGCCUGGGCUCGGCCCCCCUCAACCAGUGGGUGUCUGAGGCCGGGCCACUGUGGGGCGGGCCCGACAAGAGCGGGGGCGGCAGCGGCAGCCCGGGGCUCUGGGAGGACACCCUCAAGAGCGGCGGGAGCCUGGCCCGCAGCCUGGGCCUGAAGAACAGCCGGAGCAGCCCCUCUCUCAGUGACUCGUACAGCCACCUGUCGGGUCGGCCCGUGCGCAAGAAGACGGAGGAGGAAGAGAAGCUGCUGAAGCUGCUGCAGGGCAUCCCCAGGCCCCAGGACGGCUUCACCCAGUGGUGCGAGCAGAUGCUGCACACACUGAGCACCACGGGCAGCCUGGACGUGCCCAUGGCUGUAGCGAUCCUCAAGGAGGUGGAAUCCCCCUACGACGUCCACGAUUAUAUCCGUUCCUGCUUGGGGGACACGCUGGAAGCCAAAGAAUUUGCCAAACAGUUCCUAGAGCGGAGGGCCAAGCAGAAAGCCGGCCAGCAGCGGCAGCGGCAGCAGGAGGCGUGGCUGAGCAGUGGCUCCCUACAGACAGCCUUUCAGACCAACCACAGCACCAAACUCGGCCCUGGGGAGGGCAGCAAGGCCAAGAGGCGGGCGCUGAUGCUGCACUCAGAUCCUAGCAUCUUGGGUGAGUUCGGGGGUGUGGCCACGAAGGAGGCUUCUUACUCCGCAGGGGCCAGGAGCCUGGGGAGAGCUCAAACCCAGCUUCUCCCCGGCUUCAGGGUACUCCCUGCACGGACCUUCUGGUGAGAUCGAGAGCGUGGAUGACUACUGACCAGCCCGUCCCACCAGCCCCUGGGCUGUAGGCCGGGGGCGGCAGCAGCGGCUUGGACCCUUGGGUCCCCAGCCUGCAGGCUCCCCACAGGGAGCGUAGGAGGAAGCAGGGGCAGGGUCCCCAGCACUUGUUACAAACCACACGAUGCACCUUAACUCACCCACCACGAGGCACUUUACAGAAUGGGGGGGAAGGGUUUUUGUUUUUUGGUUUUUUGUUUUUGUUUUUUGGUUUUGUUUUUGUUUUCUCUUGGGAAAAAAAAAAACA